AUGCAGGUCCGAUUUGGCCUAUCAACCUCUUAUUCUGCGGCGGGCAGAGAGUGGGCAACACGGCUGACGCUGAACAAAACGCAGUCGAUCGCUUUCUCAAUUAUAUGCCGCCAGCUCGAUUUGAUGCGACAAACCGACGGAGGCGAUGUCGGCCAGCUCUGCCAGUUCGUCGGCGGCGAGGGCGGGACCGGCAAGUCGCAAAUCAUCGAGGCACUCGUCGAGUUGUUCAGUAGGAGGAGCCUUUCGAAUCGCCUGCUGAUCACGGCGACGUCGGGGACUGCCGCAGCGCGGAUCAACAGUAGCACGAUCCACUCCACCUGCAGGUUCUCCAAAGACCAAGGGGCGGCCGUGAACACGGCCAGAGAUCUGGACGAGGACUGCCAAGCAAGCGGAUCGGUUCGCCCAUGA